AUGGUAAUGCCGUGCUCACCCCGGGGACCUGCAUGCAGUUUGCAGAAGCUGUUUACUGUGGAAGAGGAAUUUGAAGAUGAGGAUUUCUUAUCUGCUGUGGAAGAUGCAGAGAACCAGUUUGCUGGCUCACUGCCUGUGAAUGCCAGGCUCCUGAGAACUGUCUCUUCUAGGCCACAGGAGACCGUGCAAGAGCAAUCCUCAAGGCCGCUGCCAUUACACCCCAGUGCUCUUUCUGAAGGUUCGGAUCUGCCAGCCCUGGGACUCUGCCUCCCUGUUUCCAGCAUGACCAAGGCCACCAGCCACCUACCUUGCACAGGAAUAGCUCCCCUAAGCCCUGUCUCCACUUCCAGCAGUUGGACUGGCAUUCAGAGAGAAGCAACACUGACAGAGGUGCUUAGAGAGCCAGCGAGGUCCCAGUCCUCAGCCCCACGCUCCUUAGUCACCUUUGAGAGCCAACAGCAGUGGGUUGGUGGCUUUGAAGGGCCUGAACAAGAUGAAUUUGAUAAGGUCCUGGCAAGCAUGGAGCUGGAUGGGCCAAAUAUGGAACUGGAACUUGGAGUUAGCAGUGAGGCCACUCGAACCCUGCCUGCCCAGCAGCAGCGGGAGAAUCCAGCUUUGGCUAAAAAGGCCCAGGUAGUUGAUCUGAGUGGAUCUUGCUGGAAGGGGCCUGCCACUCACAUAGCAGGUAUUAUGUCAGUCCAGGAUAAGCCUCUAGGUCCUAUUGUCCACUGCAGAACUCCACAGCCCUGCAUGAGACCAGGUAUCAUGGGUAACCUUCCUGACCCAGCUUCUUCAACCAUUCCCCCUCAACAACCGCAUUGGGAAGGGUGUCCACAAGGUCCCCCUAUACGAGCACCCCAGCCUCUCCAGGUUGCUGGAGGGCCUGUUCAAAGCAGCCCUCAAAAUCAGUUACCCAGUCGGCCAUUUCAUUCUCUGAGUGUCUGGUCAAGCGACUCACCUCAUUUUCCCAGACUUCGAACUUCAAACUCCUGCUGUUCUACAACUUCAAGGACUAGCUCUGGAUUAUUUCAACCGAGGCACUUAGAACUCCGAGCUCCAGUGUCUUCUGUUGAGUCUCAUCUUGGCACCAUAAAAGGUCUCCAUUCAUCCCUGGUUCCCCAAGGAGCUCUGCAGACACCCAUAGUCACCAACCACCUGGUGCAGCUGGUCUCUGCUGCCAAUCGGACACCCCAGCAGACCACCCGCCCCUCCACCCGAGCCAAAGCACGCCGCUUCCCUGGCCCAGCAGGGAUCCUGCCUCACCAGCAUAGUGGGAACAAUUUGGAGGCGAUCAUGGUUUCCACACCCCAGACUCCGACUCAUGGUGCUCUGGCUAAGUUCCGGACAGAGAUUGUUGCUAGUUCCCAGGCAUCAGUGGAGGAGGAUUUUGCACGAGGGCCCUGGCUGACCAUGAAAUCUGCUCUGGGCGUGGAUGAGAAAGACCCCACCUGCUUCCUCUGUACCUACAGCAUUGUUAUGGUGCUGCGGAAGGCAGCCCUGAAGCAGCUUCCUAGAAACAAGGUCCCCAACAUGGCAGUGAUGAUCAAGUCUCUGACCCGGAGCACGAUGGAUGCCAGCGUGGUUUUCAAGGACCCUACUGGAGAAAUGCAGGGGACACUGCACAGAUUGCUGCUGGAAACACGCCAGAAUGAGCUGAAGCCUGGUUCAGUGCUGCUGCUGAAGCAGGAUUCAGGAAGCUUCCAUGACAGCCUCCAGCAUGAUGUUGCUGCAAAGCCUGGGGAAAGCCUCAGAACAGCACAGAACCCAGAGGCAGGGGAAGAACUCCCAGAAGCAGAUGACCUGGAUGGACUCCUGAGUGAGCUCCCUGAGGACUUCUUCUGUGGAACCAACAGUUGGAACUGCCCCAAGGCAGGACAUCCACAGUGA